CUCCAGUCUUGCACAGGUGUACCGGCUCCUCCCCUUCAAUCUUGCACAGGUGUACCGGCUCCUCCCCUUCAGGCUUGCACAGGUGUACCGGCUCCUCCCCUCCAGUCUUGCACAGGUGUACCGGCUCGUCCCCUUCAGUCCUGCACAGGUGUACCGGCUCCUCCCCUUCAGUCUUGCACAGGUGUACCGGCUCCUCCCCUCCAAUCUUGCAUAGGUGUACCGGCUCCUCCCCUCCACCUUACUGUCCCUUGCUCCACCCCUUUUUUUUCAUUGGAUUUCAGUUAUUUCGUAGAUGAGCUGCAUCACAUGUGGGCGUUACCUAUGCAAAUACAGCCUGCCUAGGAACGCCCGCCCUUCCAGAUGGGCACCCGCCCAUCAAGGUAUAUUGA